AUGCGACGUCAUUUGUUUGAUAUGUUAUCUCGAGGUGUAUUAGAACUUUUCCCAUCAACUAACACCGCAAGAAGAGCUGGCCGGCCACCAGCAAAUUUGUUCCUUAAUAUACUAGCAAAGAAAGAAAAAUGUAAAAUUAAGGAUGCCGAAAAGAAAAAAAACAAAAGGUCUCAAAAGACACAGUCUCAAGAAACUGAAAGUCAAAACGUUAAUUACAAGAAAAACAUUGAAUACCCCACAUUUACAGAUAAUACGCAGAUAUUUGAAAGUCCAACGUCUUCAAGUAGUACGCAGAUAUUUGAAAGUCCAACGUUUACAGGUAUUACGCAGAUAAUUGAAAGUCCAACAUUUACAGAUGAAUCACAGAAAGACAAAAAUCCGACUAAUGAUAUCCAGACCAUUGACUGUUUAGCACUUACGUAUAGUACUCAAGAAAAACCAAGUCCUACAUUAAGAUAUGCCAACAACGAACAUACUGGGUCCGGCCAAGCCAAACGUAGAAGAAAAAAUACUGAUUACACACAGACUAAGCAAAUACGAAAUACUGAGAGCCACAGAGCCACUCGUCAGAUUCCCGUCAUUAUACAGGCAGAGCAACAACGCAACACGCAGGCUCAUCGCUUAGCUCGUGAAAACCCUAUCUUCCGGGAUACAGAACAGCAGCGGGACACGCAGGCUCGCCGUGAAGCUCGAGAAAACCCUAUCUUCCGGGAUACAGAACAGCAGCGAAAUACGCAUGCUCACCGCAUAGCUCGGGAAAACCCAGUCUUCCGUGAUAUAGAGCAACGGCGUGAUACCCAGGCUCACCAAAUAGCUCGCGAAGAUCCACAUUAUUCACAAAUUGAACGAGCUAGAGACACCAGAGCUCGACAAUCGGCGCGUUGUAAUUCUAUUAAUGAUUGGGAUAAUGUUAAACGAAAAUAUUUUAAUAACACCAAGGAAGGAUACAAUCAUCCUUGUUCAUGUUGUGGUAGACUAUGGCACAAAAAUUCUGUAAGGAAACUAAUAAAGCAUUCUAUUUCGACUAAAUAUAAUGCAGAAUUCGCGUUAAGUGUAUUUAAUUUAAAUCCUUGUGAUGAAUCUGCUGAGUUUUGCUGUACGUGUGCUAAAUAUAUAACUCAAGGGCGAAUGCCACGAUUAGCAAUAGCUAAUGGAUUGAAGUUUCCAGAUAUUCCGGAUGUUUUGAAUAAAUUAACUUCAAUGGAGGAGAGAUUAGUAAGUCCUCGUCACGUAUUUUUGAAAAUAGUUCGUAGAGGCCAGGGAUUAGGAUAUCAGCAUGGUUUAUCAGGAAAUGUUAUUAAUGUACCUGUAAAAAUUAAUAACAUGGUAAAAGCUUUGCCUCGGUCGAUAAAUGAUGACAAUGUCAUCACUGUAGAGUUGAAGCGUAAAUUCUGUUAUAAACAUGGUCGAAAAGAACAAGUCCGCCCGGAAAUCAUACGGAGAGCAGCGGAAUAUUUAGUAACGUGUGAUCUGUUUCGGACAUAUGGUAUAGAACUUGAAGGUUCAUGGACAAAUAAUGAAACUGAAGACACUGUCGAAUGUACCUGUAGUUCACCUGAGCAGGAGAGCAAUGUUGAUGAGAUCCCCGAUGUAAAUCCUGGUGGCACAGAAACUCUGUUAGAUGAAAACCAAGACCUAUCAAUAGUUAUGGCUCCAGGAGAAGGUGAAAGGCCAAUUUCCUUGCUUUUUGAUCGACAUCUGGAAGAGCUGGCUUUCAUAAAAGUACAUUGCGCUAUUGAGCGAAAAUACCUCGUGAACUUAAGUCAUUCUGAAGUCACACGUUCAGAAAUUUCCAGAAAUGACAGGCGAGCUGUAAGACCUGAUUACCUAUUUACUGCCCUGAAAAAGCAACAAACUAUUGCCAUCAAAUAUAAUGUUACGACCUGUUUACGCAAAAAAACGGUCAGAGGUGCCCCUGUAUUUGCAUGUAAUGUGCUUCAAAAUAAUUUUGUUGACAAUUUAGUUCAACAUGACGAUGGGUAUCGUGUUCUUGGAGGAAUUAGAAAUUCUCCUGCUCACUGGGAAAGUGAAAAGAAAAAGUUGUUGGCAAUGGUUAGACAGUUCGGUGUUCCCACUUUAUUUUUAACUAUAUCUGCUGCUGAAGUACAAUGGAUUCCAUUAUUAAUUUUGCUUAGUGAAGUAGUUGAUAAGAAAAAACUUACUGAGCUUGAAGCGGAAAACUUGCCAUACGAUACAAAAACUCGCCUUAUACAAUCCGAUCCGUUCAUUUGCGCCACAUAUUUUGAAAUCAAAUUAAAAGAAAUUCAAAAAACCUGGUCCUGUUCAUCUGGACCUUUCUUAAAUUAUAAAAUCACACACUUUUAUUAUCGCAUUGAAUUUCAGCAUAGAGGAUCGCCUCAUGCUCAUAUGAUGUUAUGGUUAGACGAAGCGCCCACUUUUGUACCCGGUGAUACAGCAUCUGCUCGUGAUAUUUCCAAAUUUGUUGACAAUAUUAUUUCCUGUAACAGCACUGAAGUACCUGAUGAACUUAGACGUCUACAACUACAUAAACAUACACAUACAUGCCGGCCAACAUCAGAUAGACUGUGUCGCUUUUGGAAUACCAUUUUUCCCCAUGGAUAA